AUGAAACAGACUUGUGGGUACUAUGAUGUGGCUGAGUACCUGAACAUAUCUUCUAAUAAGGAUUUAUUCUCCUACACCAUACCGAAGAGGAAUUGGGAAGAGACGUUAGAAGUUAGCCUAGACUUUACCUUGGUGUCCAUCCUUUCAGUGAUCUGGAAAAAUGAUUUUAUCUCAUGGGAUCCCUUGAGUUUCUGUAACAUUACUAAUAUCACUGUUCCUGUGAACGUUCUUUGGACCCCAGACAUCUACAUAGAUGAACGGGCAGAUGAAGACAAGUUCACAUCCAGCCCUGCUGCUUUGUUAUCAUAUAAUGGUGAGCUGCUUACUUUUCAAGCAUAUCGACUCACGUCAUCCUGCAGUCUGGAUGUCCAUGCAUUUCCUUUCGAUGAGCAAAAAUGCAACUUAACCAUAACAACUUCACUUCAUUCAGAUCAGGAAAUAUUACUGAAGAGCUUGAAAACUUCCAAGAAAGCAAGCCAAGAUAGUCGCCAUCAUUACUUAACCAAUGGGGAAUGGAAGUUUCAGGACCUGAAGAUCAUACAACAUAAGCUGACAUACGGUGUGGUGAACUUUAGUGCAGUCACUUACCAGAUUCGUAUGAAGAGGCGAUCCAUUUUGUAUGUGUUAGUUCUGAUCCUGCCAACUUCUACUCUCUUUUUGCUGGAUAUGGCUAUUUCUUAUGCAUUUGCUUCUCCUGGAGAAAAGAUUGCCUUCAAAGUGACACUGAUCCUGCAAGUCUCAUUUUUGUCUAUGAUUCUUAAUGAUAAACUACCAGCAACAUCAGAUAAUCCGCCAGUAAUAGCAAUGUUUUUCACUGGCAUGUUCACCUUUAUGGUCCUUGGUAUCUUGGAGAACGCCGUGGUACUCUAUCUCAAGGAGAAGAAAUCAAAGUUCCCAUCCUUCAAGGGAAAUAAAUUUAUUAAUCGAAUCCUGAGGAAGAAGAAUAAGGAGCCUGAUCUCCCUGGGACAAGAGAAUCCAAAGAGAACAAACAGGCAGUUGAACUUCCCUUGCCAGGAAAAGCCGAUGAAGAUAGCUUGAUGUUUCUGAAAGAACUGAAUGCAGAACUGCAACAGAUCAAGAAACAUCUCGCUCUAGAAGAAUGCCAGGACGACCCUGAAUCAGUCCUGUGGAACAAAAAUAUGCUCCUUGUGGAGAAAGGGCUUUAUUAUACCCGCCUGACAUUAUCAGUCAUCUUUUUAAUCUUUACUAUUGUACAGUGGUCACGCUAAAUUAUAGGUUAUUGGCCUGGGCACAGCAUUUUUGCAGGCUAGAUCAUAUCAAUAUACAUGGCACAAUUAGUUCAUGUUAGUUAUAUGAAGCCAGUAAAUGGAAUGUGACAGCAUGUUUAACAAAAUUGGGUUUUGUUGUGGAAGUUUAGUUCCCAAAGUCAAAGCAAAUCAUUCUUGGAAAUAUGUAAAAACAGGGCAACAUUUGCCACUCAUUUGAGCGGUGCAAAACCAAUUAGUCAGAAGUGCUGGUUUUUCAAGGCUUCACUGAGUGACAUGUUUUCUGGCUUGAUGUCAGUGCAUGGCAUCCUUGCGCAAUUGCUCCAGGGUCCCAGUGGGAUUCACUGCUGAUACCAGGCUCAUGCAUUCCUCUGAAAAAAGUGUCUGGCUCCAGGAGCUGCCAUUUAAAUUUCCCACAAUGCCCCAGAACAACACUACAUUGGAGACAUUGUGGGAAAUUUACAUGGUGGUUCCUGGAGCCAGUUGGCUAGUGCUGCCACCAGGUAAACUAGAGAAAACCAAUUGAGAUAAGGGUGGCCCCACUAGUAGACAUUUGGACCAGAGCCCCUUCAAACCAGGAGCCAGCUCUGUAUCUUUUGUCCUGUUUCUACAUAAUCCCUAGAAUAAUUUUCUUUAGCCCAAAAGCUUCUAUUAAAUUAAACAUUCAACUGAUAAGCUGUUUUGCCAGAGUUCUUUUACAUUUACUUUCAAAUGUGCAUUGCUGAUGAUUUGUAAGUUUUUGUAUUGGAUUUAUAUCAUUUUGGGCUGAUAUGUGUUUCAAUAUUUGUGAUUUUAUUAAGUAUUUUGAGUUUUGUGAUUAUACUGUAUUUUUUUUACCUUGUAAGGUGACUUGUAACCUACCCUUAAAGGCAGCCUAACAAUAUUUAAAAUUAGAUUGAAAAUACAAUCGUUUAAUGUUCAUAUGGAAAUUAUGAGGUAUGUUGUAUCCUCUUCCCAUCCACGUUUGACAAAUGAACCUUCUUUAUUAAUGAUGAACAGUUCUAUGUGACUAUAAUUUUAAACCAUGCAGAUAACUGCUUGAUAUCACAAAACGUUUUGCAUGAAAAACCAUUUCAAAGCAAUCUUACAUUUUUGGAGAGCCAAUAGGCACAAAUAGAUUUGUCAGAUUAAAGAACGUGCUCUGCGUUGGGUUGCCUUUGAAGAUGACUCAGAAAUCUUUAACUAGUACUGUAGAGAAUACAGCUGCUCAUCUAAUCAUGGAUACUGGGAGAUGUGUUCAUAUUCAA